AUGGAUCAAUUCUAUGAAGAGGUUGAAGAACCAGUGAGUCCUCAUGGACAAUAUUUCAAUAACUCAGUGAUAUGUUCAUAUAUUUUUAGCUUUCUGGAAUUAGCUAUUCCUUUUGAUGUCUCACUAGCUAUACCUUUGAUCAAAGAUGUUUUCAUCCCUAUCAACCCACGUUUCUCCUCUAUUAUGGUAAGACACGAAGAUGGUGAGAUGAGAUGGCAAAAAGUUGAAGUGAAGCUUGAAGAGCAUUUAAAGAUUCCAAAAUUUCCUGAAACCACAAACUCAUCAUCAAUUGAACUAUAUGACAAUUAUCAUAAGGACUACGUAAGUAGUAUUUUAACUGAAAUAACACCACAAGAGAAACCACUUUGGGAAAUUCAUAUUAUAAAUUAUCCAACAACAAAUGCUGUUAGCACCAUAAUAUUCAAACUUCAUCACUCACUUGGUGAUGGUUACUCUCUCAUGGGUGCUCUUCUUUCUUGUCUUCAAAGAGCCGAUGAUCCUUCUCUUCCUCUCACUUUUCCUUCACGACCACAAUUGGAUUCAGAUAAAAGCUUACUUAAGAAGCUAUAUUUCGGUGUAAACUCGUUUUUUAGCUCCAUGUCAGAUUUUGGAUCAAGCAUAAUCAAGGCAAGAAUCAUUGCAGAUGACAUAACACCUAUUAGGUCAGGAUAUGAAGGAAUUGUUUCUCAGCAUUUUAUCUUGUCAGACAUAUCAUUUUCACUUGAUGAAAUCAAAGAAAUCAAAUCAAAACUUGGAGUGACACUAAACGAUGUGGUGUGUGGGAUGAUCUUCUACGGACUUAGGCUUUACAUGGAAGAGAUGAAUGAGAGGACAAAAACAUCAAAUUCAACAGCAUUGGUAAUGCUGAACACAAGAAAUAUUAAAGGUUAUCAGUCAUUAAAGGAAAUGCAAAAACCAGAAUCCAAAGGUCUUUGGGGGAAUAAAAUCUCUUUCUUACAAAUACCAAUACCUAAGCCAAACCAAUCAGAAAUUUCCAACCCUCUUGAGUUUGUUUGGGAAGCCAGUGAUGUAUUAAAGAAAAAGAAACGUUCUUUCGGUGUUCAUCUCAUAGGUUUACUCAUUGAUUUGGAGAUGAAACUAAUAGGCCCUGAGGCGGUAGCUAAAGAAAUCUAUAACACCAUUGGAAACUCGAGUGUUCUUAUCUCAAACAUGGUUGGGCCAGUAGAAAAGAUGGCUUUGGCAAAUCAUCCUGUAAAUGGACUGUAUUUCACCUCGACAUGUGGACCUGAGGAUGUAAACAUUGCAAUAAUGAGCUACGUGAAAAUAGUAAGGAUGACCAUGAAAACUUUAAAGGGAUUUAUAGAUGAAUAUAAAUUGAAGUUUUGCAUGGAGAAAGCAUUUGAAGUCAUGUACAAAACGUCUAUGGUGAUCUCUGAGAUUCCUACCAAAAACUAA